AGACGGCCGGGCUUUUGAAAUCACUUUCAACAUUAUUCCAACAUCAAAAUAACUAUAUUUUUUACGGAAUAUAUAUUUGAGCUCCCCAUCCGAGGCUCAAACUGGACAAAGCUCCUUCGGAUUUCAAAUUUUAUGGAGGCAGCUUGGUGAAAAUGGAGGUUAACGGUGGCAACGCCAGCCCGGGAAAUUUGCUUUCCAGUAAAAUCACUGCCUUCCACGACACCAGCACCGUUGAGCCGAGGCCCGGCAACAAGUACCGCUCCCCUAAGAGAGACGCCCACCUGGAGGAGCAGCUGGCCAAGGAGAAGCGUGUCACCAAGUUCCCUCUGGUGGGUGCCCUGGUCCACAAGGCACUGCGUCGGGAGAGGGAGUCACCUAUCCCACCGGAACAGGACAGAGUCAACGGAGACAGCAACAACAACAAGCAGGACGAGGAGAUGGUGCUGCCGUUUGGAUUAGGCCCUGAUGGCCACAAUGUGGAUGCCAUUCAGAGCGCACCGGCGCCGAGUGCCCCGCCCGCACACAUGCUGCCACCCACCUAUUCCCGGGGUCAGACAACUAUCUACACCGGCGUCCCCAUCAUUGUGAAUCCCUACAUCGACUUCAUCGUGGUCAACGGGGAUGAUCGGUACAUGAUUCGGUGUGAGCGGAAGUCGGUGCUCGAGCGGAGCGUGGAGCUGGCCAAGCUGAUCCACGCCGGUCCCAACAGUGGUCGCAAGAGCGACAACCACUUCCAGAUCCUCAACGUCGACAAGAACGACUUUGAGCUGAUCGUGCGCUACAUGGAGAAGCACUUCAUCCCUUAUCGCGAUCACAAGCACCUGCUCAAGAUACUCGAGCUAUCCGAUCGCUUCAACGUACCAGAUCUGAUCAUCUACUGCAUUCGCGAACUUGAUCUCAGCAUUUCGAGUGCCACUGCCCUGGACAUCUUCAAGGCGCUGUGGUUCUACCAGGGCAUUGCCCUGACCAACCAGCACCAGACAGUGAUCACCACCCAGGAGACCGGGCAGCAGCUGGCCCGAAAGCAGGCCUCCAAGGCGAAGGCAGCGGCAAAGGCCAAGGCGGCCCAGGCCCAGGAAAACGGAGCCGAUGGGGACGGCGCUCAGGUGAAUCUCAUCCCCAACCCGAAUCCCUUUACCACCGAGGACUACGGCGUGGCGCUGUUGCACAACACACUCCAGCUGAUCGAUAUGCAUGCCGAACUGCUGCUCUCCAUGCCGGAGAUCUGCGACCUGAGAUUCGAGGAGCUCGAGACGCUGGUCAAGAGGGACACCCUGCAGCUGCGUUCGGAGGUCACGCUGUUCGAGUGCCUGGCCACGUGGAGUCUGGCGGAGUGCAGCCGCAAGCAUAUCGACGCUACGCCGGAGAACAGGCGCACAGUGCUCGGGCCUCUGUGCCUGACGCCCCGCUACCUCCGGAUGACUCCGGCGGAGUUCCGGCGCUGCUGCGAGCGCAUUGAACUGCUGCCGCCCACGGAGAUAUCGCUUAUCAGCGACGCCCUCGAGGGCAAGAAGCUCAAGAACCUCACCGAUCAACAGACGGAACUGCUGGAGAAGUUCCGCCAGCCCCGGGCGGAGUACGCCAGGAUGCCCGUGCACUUGAGCGACCGGAGUAGCCCGAAGAACUAUCCGAAGAAGAUGCGGCUGGCCCACGAGGGUCGGCCCACGGAGGAGGGAUGCUGGGAGCGGGUCGGGAUGAACUGCCUGCGCGUGUUUGUUUGCAUAUUCGACUGAUCCGAACAGUCCGACGACGAGGAGGAGGAGGACGAGGACGAGGAGGACGAAGAGGAUGAGGAGGACGAGGAGGAGGAAGAGGGCAGUGGGGAAGGAUCUAGUACCGGAGCUGGAGGGUCAGGAGCGGGUGCUAGUGGUGGAACAGGAACCAGAAACAGAGGAGUUGACGAUCCCACAUAGACUUGUUGCAUUAAACGAAUAUUAGCGCUUAUGAAUUAAUUAUACAUAGAGUUAAUGAUUACGUUAGUCUUAUGGGGACAAGUGCUGGCCAAACUGUGGCAGUGAUUUUAUAGCAGCCGUUUCUAACAAUACUAUAUAGAGUUAUUUAUAUACACGCAGUUAUAUACGAGUGUGUGUAGGUUGAACUGUCAUCUGCGGAUCGAUUGGGUUUUGUAUUUACUCGCUAGUCAAAUGGAAACAAAAAACAAAAAAAAACAAAAAUCUUGAGAUGAAAAUACCAAAACUUUUAUACAACUUUAUGCAACGUUUUGUAGCUGGACUCAAAAUACAAACAAAAAUAUGAAAUAAAAGAGAACUACAUUUAACAGAUCAAAGUAAAGAAAACUAAUUACAAACUUAGGAAAUUACUGCAUACUUCUAGGGAUAUCUCACUCAAAAACUACAUCAAAGUUAAUCAACACACAAGAAUUAUAGUGCAAAUCGUAUUUGGCCCCGGCCAUAUCUAAAAUGAUUUAUUAAUUGUUUACUAUUACUUUUAACUGUUGUGCAAUUGUCAAAGAAUAUGGAAUUUAUACACACACACAUGCAUUCAUAAUGUACACACAAAUAACAUACAUAUAUAGUAUAUAUAUAUAUUUACAUAGAGAGAAAAUGCGUUGAACUCGAAACUAUGUUGCCGUUACUCGGUUCUUGGCUUUAACUCCUAUAACGAAGUGCUAGCUAAAUCGCAUAAAUAACAAUAACAAUCAGAUUAGCAUUAAUCAUAGCGAAUUAAUUACGUAAGCACACCAAACCAACGGCGAAGCAACACACAAAUUGUUAACAGAUUUAUGCAUUUUAUUAGUUAAUGUUUAGGACAGAAGUCGCCUCGAAUUGUUUCUGCCUGAGUUCAAGCUGCCAGAAAGGCUAAAAAACAAAAACGAUAAGUUCGAAAUAUCUAUGAGAGAAACAUCAACCAAAAACCAGAAACAUUCAACCAAAAAGUAGUUAAAGAAAUAAUAAAGAUGUACACAAUUUUCUAAAAUAUUAAA